CACUGCUAAACAUUCCCACUAACCACUCAGUCUGCAAGUCUGUCAAAUCUUAAGUUCCAUAAGAUAAGCUGUUAUUCUCAGCAGAAUGAAAAUUGAUAUUCAUAAUCAUAUUUUACCUAAGGAAUGGCCCAAUCUGAAAGAGAGGUAUGGGUAUGAUGGAUUCAUUCAACUCCACCAUCACUGCAAAGGAGAAGCCAAAAUGAUGAAGGAUGGCACAGUGUUCCGUGUGAUCCAGGAGAACUGCUGGGAUGCUGACGCUCGGAUUCGGGAUAUGGAAAAACAUGGAGUGACAGUACAGGCCCUUUCCACUGUGCCUGUGAUGUUCAGCUACUGGGCUAAACCCCAUGACACACUAGACCUGUGUGGGAUUCUGAAUGAUGAUUUGGCGGCUACAGUGAAGCGAUAUCCAAAGCGCUUUGUAGGGCUAGGCACUCUGCCCAUGCAGGCCCCUGAUCUAGCAGUACAAGAGAUGAUACGCUGUGUGAAUCAGCUGGGCUUCCCUGGAGUGCAAAUUGGCUCUCAUAUAAACAAAUGGGACCUCAAUUCCCCAGAGCUGUUCCCCAUCUAUGCUGCAGCUGAAGAACUCAACUGCUCGAUAUUUGUACAUCCAUGGGACAUGCAGACAGAUGGGAGAAUGGCUAAAUACUGGCUGCCUUGGUUAGUUGGCAUGCCAUCAGAAACAACGACAGCAGUUUGUUCCAUGAUUUUUGGAGGUGUUUUUGAAAGAUUCCCCAAACUUAAGGUCUGCUUUGCUCAUGGAGGUGGUUCUUUUCCAUACACCAUCGGUCGAAUUGAGCACGGGUUUAAGGUGCGACCUGAUCUUUGUGCAACCGACAACAAGAUCAACCCACGCAAAUACUUAGGAUCAUUCUACACAGAUUCUCUUGUGCAUGACCCACUCUCACUGAAGUUACUCACAGAAGUCAUAGGAAAGGAUAAAGUUAUGCUAGGAACAGAUUACCCAUUCCCACUAGGGGAACUGGAGCCAGGAACAUUGAUUGAAUCCAUGGAUGAGUUUGAUAGUUCCCUAAAGGACAAAUUGCUUGCUGGAAAUGCUCUGGAAUUUUUAGGACUGUCAAGAAAACAGUUUGAGUGACUGAUUGUGUCGAUGUUCAUCAGAAGUGAUAAUGCCACCAGAGAGCUGAAUCAUGACUUUCAAAAGUCAUUCAUUUAAAACCUUAAUUGAUUUGUUUUCUUUUUUUAUUCAUUUUAUUUCAUUUAAUGCAAUAUUAAUUUAUAUUGAAUGUGAUUUUUGACAACCUGCUGUGUAUUUUUACAUAUUCUGUUUACAGAAUACUAUGAUCACUCUUCUGUGUUACUGUUCCAUCCUAAUAAAACGAUAAUUUCCUGUUUCAAUUUUUACAUUUUCAAAAGUUCCCUUUAAUAGUUUUCCAUUUCAAUUUUAAGUUGGAUUUUUGAGCUCUGCGACAAAACCCCAAGAUCACAGCCAAGUGGGUGCUCGUUAUGCUCGAGAGAUGUUUAUUAUAAUGUAUGGGCACUUCAGCGACAUGAUCUGAGCCAGUCUUGAGCUGUUACAGAUGUUGCAUAUUUUCAAGCAUGUUUGAUAUUACAUUAUCGCCACAUAAUAAUAAUCUGUGGUGUGAGCGACGCAGCAACAAUGGCGAACUGCUCCAGUCAAUCACAAAUGAUUAUGCAUCUUUAUUUACAGGAAUGGAAGGCCACAAUUUGAUCAUAAUUGUAUUUUAUUGUAAUAAACUGACAAAAAAGAUUCUGAAAUAAAUAUAUCAUAAAUAAAUCA